UUUCAAGGAGAACAUCAAUGUUUUAUGAUCAUCGUUAGUUAAAAAAUUAAAUUUGAGAUAACUUGCCUGCAUUCUUUUUAUCCGUUACACAAAAAGUCAACGAAAAUUAAAGCAAUUAUCAUGGAAAAUUUUGACGAUGAUGAUCGCCGUGUUCUGUCGAUUCAAAGUCAUGUUGUAUCCGGUUAUUGUGGAAAUAAAUCGGCCGUAUUUCCAUUGCAAACGCUUGGAUUCGAUGUUGAUUUUAUAAAUUCGGUCCAAUUCAGUACUCAUACUGGAUAUCCAAAAUGGACUGGACAAGUAUUAAACGAACAAGAUUUAUCCGAAUUAAUCGAAGGUCUUCGAUAUAAUAAUCUUCUUUGUCAAUAUACACAUUUAUUGACCGGUUAUGCAAGAUCAGCCAGUUUUUUGCAAGCAAUGAAUUCUGUUAUUAAAGAAAUCAAAUCCAAAGCCCCGAAUGUUGUAUAUCUUUGUGAUCCAGUUCUUGGAGAUAAUGGCAAAAUGUACGUACCAGAAGAGUUGCUUUCCGUAUACAAAGAGAAAAUCAUUCCGUUGGCCGAUAUUAUUUGUCCGAAUCAAUUUGAAGCAGAAUUAUUGAGUGGUAUAAAAAUCACUGGAAUUGAAACGGCGCUAAAAGCUAUUGAUCAUUUACAUUCCUUGGGCAUCAAAACCGUCAUAAUAUCAUCUACUGAUGAAGGUUUUAACGGUACAAACAAACGAUUAAUGACUAUUGGUUCAAGCGAAUUACCCGGACCAUCCGGCCAAAUUCGACAGCUGUUUAAAUUGGAAAUACCGAGAUUCGAGGCUAAUUUUACCGGUACCGGUGAUCUAUUCGCAGCAUUGUUUUUAGCUUGGUUUACAAAAACAAAAUUUGAUUUAAAAACAACAAUGGAAAAUGUAACGGCAACAUUGAAUUCAAUUAUUUGUCGUACAUUCAAUCAUGCUAACAAUAAGCCUCGUGGAUUAGAGCUGCCAUUUAAUCGUGAGUUACAAAUUAUCAAAUGCCGUGACGAUAUUCUUGAACCAAAAAUUCAAUUUUUUGCGGAAUUAAUUUAAACAGAAUCAAGAUUUUUCUUAAAAUCUAAAAUUUUUACCAAUUUUCAAUUUAAUUCAAACCAUUUUUACAAAUUAAAAAGUCUUCCAUUCACAUUUGACUAU